UCCGAUGCGGGGUCCCCUCCUGGCGGCCGCCGGGGGGUCCAUGGGGGGGCCCCUGGCCCGCACCAUCCGUGCCAAGCUGACGGCGGCCCUGCAGCCCACGCACCUGGAGGUGCGGGACGACUCCCCCCGCCACGGGGGUCCCCCCGGCGCCGAGACGCAUUUCGGGGUGCUGGUGGUGAGCGGGCGCUUCUCGGGGCUGCCUCCGCUCCAGCGGCACCGCCUGGUGCAUGAGGCGCUGCGGGCAGAGCUGGCCGGGCCCCUGCACGCCCUGCAAGUCAUCGCCCGCACCCCCGAGCAGUGGGAGAGCGACCCCCACGUUCCCCCCGCUCCCCCUUGCCUGGGGGGCUCCAAGCGGGAACAACGCCGCGGGGACGGGGGAGAAGAGACCGGGCAGCAGUGAGAGCCCG